UCUCUAUAAUUUUAGUAUUUUGGACAAAUAGUUGGAGUUGAUGACAAAGACAAAGAAGAAAUGAUUUUAAAAAUCAAUAAAAUCAGUAUAAUGAAAAGUACAAUGGAAAAACUUUUGGAUAAGAAAAUGGAAAAUACAUAUAACCAAAAAAAAUAUCAAUCGAAAAUUGAUGAUAUUUUUCAAGCACAUCAAUUAAUAUUUUCUGAUUACAAAAAAACUGAUAAGGAACCACAUAAGGAUGGGAUUGUGACUAAAUGGGUUAGUGCAAAAAAUGAAGAAGAAGAAUAUGCAUUUAAAAGCAUAUCUGAGGAAAACAAAAUUAGCGUACAAAAUCAAGUUAUAAUUCUUAGAGAACUUCACAAUUGGCAGAAUAUAAUAAAAUUUUACGGUCUUACUAAUUAUGAAAAUAAAUGGUAUUUAGUAACUGAAUGGGCUGAACAUGGAAAUUUACGUGAAUUUUAUACAAAUAAUAAAAAUUCAUUUGAUACCAAGCUAAAAUUACGCGUAUCCCUCGAUAUUGCUCGUGAAUUGAAUUUUUUAAGAACUGUAGAGAGCUGAGAAUGUAUUGAUCACAAAUAAUAAUACAGCAAAACUUACGAAUUUUAAAUUAAGUCGUUCAUAUAAAGCAGAUACGCUGAAUCAAAGCCAUAAUUUAGAACAGAUUCGGUACUGCGCUCCUGAAAUAUUACAGAGGACUCCAGGCUUCAAAUACAAUAAUAAAUGUGAAGUUUAUAGCUUUGGAAUUUUACUUUGGGAAAUUUCAGAAGAAAAAACUUCA